UCAUCUUCCCCCUUUCGCUUGGUCUCCAAGACACCUCUUUCUAAUUUCCAUUUUAAAAUUAAAAUUAAAAAUUAAAUUAAUUAUUCUGGUUUCCCCCCCCUUAUAAAGUCGGUCACCCCCAUUUCUCAGGAUUAAAGCUUUCCCCAGGUUUCAAUUUCUCUCUCCUAGAGAACCCCGUGAACUUCUCCUACCCAAGUCUAGAGCGAGAAAGAGAGGAGAGAGAGAGGGAACAAAUUCGAUUGUUGAACUUUCCUAAUUCUCAUCUAUCAGAGGGGUGUAAGAAGAAACUUAAAACCUAAAUCGAGCUUUGUUUUCUGGGUGGAUUUUGUAAAUUCCCAAUUUGAUUUAGAGGGUUAUUCUUGUGAGUGAGGAGGGAAGUUUGAUUUUGAGAAUUGUUGCUGGAAUUAUGAGUUUUCAAACUCAAGAUGUUCGUAGAGAUCGUUCUAGAUUCCCUGGCCAAAAUGGUCGCCAGCAGGCCCAGGCCCAGGCCCAACAGUGGGUUGCAAGAGGUCCUGGUAUCUUAACUUCUCCUCCGUCGAACUUCAACGUUUAUGCCGGUCAAAAUGCCGGUGAUGGCCUUGAGAGGCCGGGGCAAUUCGACAGUAGAGAGAGACAGGGGCAAUUUGACAGCAGAGAGAGACAGGGGCAAUUUGACAGUAGAGAGAGACAGGGGCAAUUUGACAGUAGAGAGAGACAGGGGCAAUUUGACAGUAGAGAAAGGCCGGGCCGAUGGGAUAAUAGAGAGAGACAGGGACAAACGGAAAGUAGAGGAGGUCGAGGAUUUCGAGGAGGUGGUGGAGGUGGUGGUGGUGGGGGUCGAAGUCAUAUGGGUCGACCUCAGUACUUAAGAAGGGAGAGAAAUGAAACAAGGGAGGGUGUGGAAGAGAAAGGAGCAGCUGUAAACAAGGAUAAAGGUAAUCAGAAAAAAUGGGGAGGAAAAGUUGUGGAUUCGGAUUUACCUCAAUUGGUGCAAGAAAUUCAAGAGAAGUUAAGUAAGGGAACUGUGGAAUGUAUGAUUUGUUAUGAUAUGGUGAGAAGGAAUGCUCCUGUUUGGUCUUGCUCAAGUUGCUACUCUAUUUUUCACUUGAAUUGUAUCAAGAAAUGGGCUCGUGCGCCUACUUCUGCCGAUACAUCUGCUGAGAAAAUCCAGGGAUUCAAUUGGCGGUGCCCCGGAUGUCAAGCAGUGCAGCUAACAACGUCGAAGGAUAUUCGUUAUCUUUGCUUUUGUGGGAAGAGGCACGACCCGUCAUCAGAUUUGUACUUGACACCACACUCUUGCGGCGAGCCUUGUGGAAAACCGUUGGAGAGGGAAAUUCCAAGACCUGGUUUAAGCAAGGAGGUUAUGUGUCCUCAUCUUUGCGUGUUGCAGUGUCAUCCCGGUCCGUGUCCUCCAUGCAAGGCUUUUGCGCCUCCUCGGCCUUGUCCUUGUGGCAAAAAAGUAAUUACCACAAGAUGUUCCGAACAGAAGUCUGUGCACACUUGUGGUCAGGUCUGUGAUAAGAUUCUCGAAUGUGGGCGUCACCGUUGUAAUCGAAAAUGUCAUGUGGGUCCGUGUGAGCCGUGUCAGAUUCCCGUAGACUCCUCUUGCUUCUGUAAGAAGAGGUCCGAAGUGGUUAUUUGUGGAGAUAUGUCAUUGAAGGGAGAGAUAAGCCCGGAUAAUGGUCUUUUCUCUUGUAGUUCUACAUGUGGAAGUAAGUUGAGGUGUGGAAACCAUUAUUGCGCUGAAAUUUGCCACCCGGGCCCAUGUGGGGAGUGUGACUUGUUACCCAGCAAAGUGAAGACCUGUUAUUGUGGGAAGACUAUUCUCAAGGUUCCGCGAAGGAGUUGUCUUGAUCCAAUACCGACAUGUUCAGGUACUUGCAACAAGCGUCUUCCUUGUGGGAAGCAUUACUGUAAGGAUAAGUGUCAUUCUGGAGAUUGUUCUCCGUGCUCUGAGUUUGUCACUCAAAAAUGCCGCUGUGGUUCAACUUCUCGCACCGUGGAAUGCUAUAAAACCACACUAGCCGGUGAGAAAUUCGUCUGUGAUCGUCAAUGUGGGCGUAAGAAGAAUUGUGGAAGGCAUCGUUGUAGUGAGCGUUGCUGCCCUCUUUCCGAUUCUAGCAACACUAUAUCUAUAUCUAAUGAUUGGAACCCACACUUGUGUUCUAUGCCGUGUGGAAAGAAGUUGAAAUGUGGGCAGCAUUCCUGUGAGGCUUUCUGUCACUGUGGCCAUUGCCCUCCUUGCUUGGAAACAAUUUUUACCGACCUUACAUGCGCGUGUGGAAGGACUUCAAUCCCACCACCCUUACCUUGUGGGACCCCUCCUCCUACGUGCCAAUAUCCGUGUUCUGUUCCUCAACCUUGUGGCCACCAAUCUACUCACAGCUGCCAUUUUGGAGACUGCCCUCCUUGUUCAAUUCCCAUAGCAAAGGAAUGCGUGGGUGGUCACGUGGUUCUUCGCAACAUUCCAUGUGGGUCAAAGGAGAUAACUUGUAACAAACUUUGUGGAAAGACGAGGCGAUGUGGGCUCCACGCCUGUGCCAGGAGUUGCCACGCGGCACCCUGUGAUCAAACGGGUGGAUCUUCAUCAGAUUCUGCCCUAAUAAAGGGUUCUUGUGGGCAAGUUUGUGGUGCACCGAGGAGAGAUUGUAGACACACAUGUCAAGCUCUCUGCCACCCUACGGCUCUUUGUCCCGACUCGAGAUGUGAAUUCCCUGUGACAAUCACAUGCUCUUGUGGUAGAAUUACGGCAACGGUGCCUUGUGAUGCUGGUGGGGGAAGCAAUUCAGGGUUUAGUGCUGUUAAUUUUCUAGAAGCUUCUACUCUUCAGAAGCUUCCGGCACCACUUCAACCUGUGGAAGCAAACGAGAAAAGAGUUCCACUCGGACAGAGGAAGCUCAUGUGUGAUGAUGAAUGUGCCAAGCUUGAGAGGAAGCGUGUUCUUGCAGAUGCUUUUGAUAUUUCUCAGCCUAGUCUUGAUGCUCUUCAUUUUGGUGAAAAUUCAGCUGUUUCACAAGUGUUAUCAGAAUUACUUCGCCGUGAUCCAAAAUGGGUACUUGCAGUUGAGGAGAGAUGCAAACACUUGGUACUCGGAAAAGGCAAAGUAAAUAGUACCAGCAAUAUCAAGGUUCAUGUGUUUUGUACAAUGCAGAAGGAGAAACGAGAUGCAAUCCGGCUAAUAGCAGAGAGAUGGAAACUAACCAUCAGUGCUGCUGGUUGGGAGCCAAAGCGGUUCGUAGUGGUUCACGCCACUCCAAAAUCCAAAGCCCCGGCUCGGAUUAUUGGACCUAAGGGUUUAGCCGCAGUGAACGCCCACCACCCGCCCGGUUUUGACCCGCUGGUGGAUAUGGACCCUAGGCUUGUUGUUGCCCUGCUUGAUCUUCCAAGUGAUGCAGACAUCAGCACGUUGGUUCUACGGUUUGGUGGUGAAUGUGAACUGGUGUGGUUGAAUGACAAGAAUGCCCUUGCUGUUUUCAGUGAUCCUGCUCGAGCAGCAACUGCUAUGAGAAGGUUAGAUAAUGGAUCGGUUUAUCAAGGUGCUGCUGUCGUUCAACACAGUGGUGCUGGAACUGCUGCAGUGACUGCUUGGGGAGGUGCACCAGCAGCUGCAGCUUCUUCAGGUCCUAAGGGUAACCCCUGGAAAAAAACGGGUUUGAAGGAUGGUAAUAAUUGGGUUGAAGAUUCAUGGGGUGAGGAGGAGGAGUGGUCUAGUGGUCAGGCUACAUCUGAUGUGGGACCCUCUUCAUCAACGAAAGGCCGUGAGCCAUCAGUGACCACGACAAUGAACCGGUGGACGGUUCUGAACCCCGAAUCUUCAUUGGGCUCAACAAGAGCCAUGGACAAUGCCAAAAGAACUGCAGCAGCUGCUGAACCCACUACUUCUGACAGGGAAAUAAAGACUGCACCAUUAAACAGUGUUACUGAUGACAGUGCAGAAGUUGUAGAUGACUGGGAAAAGGCUUAUGAGUGAAGUUGAAGUCAAUGUACUUUGUUUUGGUUGUAUGUUCAAAUUUACAGCUUGUUCUUUUGUCUCUUGUUUUUGACAAAAGAACGCGCUUAUUGUUCUUGAAUGGAUGUACCUAUUAAAUUUUGAAGAGGAAUGAGAUUCAGAGAUUGGCUAA